CUUGCUUGGCGACUGAGGCGGUGCACUGUGCGAAGGUGACAUACCAGGAAGCGAGUGCGUUGAUACUGUAAGAAGAAAGGCAGACGGAAAUAGUAGAACUUGUGUUUCACAGCAAGCGGGCUGUCUUGGGCACCUGGCGCGGUCAUCCUGGCAACGUUACAGGGGCAGAUGCGAUCCGAUCCGUCAACAAUUCAUCUCCAAAGUAAAUGAAACGAUCUCUGAGUGAAGACGAGUCCUCGGAAGCGUCUGAUACGGAGAAUAUCCAUGACACAGGCGAUGCCUCCAAGGCCCAGCGGGUCGAUGGUGAUGUUGAUCAGGACAGAACCUCCCAGUAUCAAUCUGUAACCUGCUAUCACCCACCCGCCUGCAACUUGUGUCCUAAGACCUUCCCAAACAUCACGGCCUACGAAUCCCACUUCCACACAUACCACUCAAACGUCUGCUUCACCUGCCGCACCAACCUUCCCUCACCACGUCUCCUCGAACUCCACCUUGCAGAAAACCACGAUCCAUUUUGGUCAGCACGGAAAGCAAAGGGAGAGUCAGUGUAUGGAUGCUUCGUGGAGGGGUGUCCGAAGAUGUACAAGAGCUGGAAGAAGCGGAUUGAGCAUCUCGUUGGGAAACAUGAGUUUUUGAGGGAGUAUAACUUCAACUUGGUCAAUUUCGGGCUUUCCAAAUCGACAAACUUGUUGACUACUCCGAAUGCGAGGAAAGCGGACGGCCCAUGGCGGCGGCAGCAUGCACAGCCAAAACAUGGCGGAAGCGAGUCACCAAGGACAGCGAGGAAUACCAAGUCGACGGAAGGCUCAACGGAGAUCGACAAACCGACAGAGGCAGCCCCAAUGGCUGCAUCCAUUAGCCAAGAAGAAAACAUGGCCAUUUUCAGACACCAAAAGCAAACAAUCGAGCAGCCACGUGCUCUGCGAGAGGGUAAGUCUAGGAAACAGGAAGUCCUUCCACCAGGAGCACCAGAGAAAGCUGCAGUCAGUCAGCCUACACCAGUAGCGAACAAGAACACCGGAAAUGAUGACCUCGCUGGACUGACGAAGGCCAUGUCAACCGUAAGCCUCAUACCCCGGAGUGUCAGACCGGGGAAGGGGAGAUGAUUCAGAGGAAGGAAACAGCGUG